CUGGGCGGGGUUUUCGGCCACAGGUACUGGAUGUUUCGGGGAGAUUCUGAUAGAGGAGCCGACCCCGAGGGAAGGGUGUGCGCUGAGCUGCUGAGAGAGCCACUUUGUCAUCCAGCCACGACCAGACAGCCAUGCUCAGCACGCAGACAUUUUUCUUCUUCCCCACGGCCCCCUUCAUCCUCUUUGUCUUCACGGCUUCCACCAUAUUUCACCUUCAUCAGAGGCUAGAGAAGAUGCAGCCCACAUGGGAGUUAGAGGCACUGCAGCCAGCAACUACGGAGACCCCCUCGCGCCCGCAGCCGGGGCCCCAGCUGAAGGGCAUGUGGACCAUCAACGCCAUAGGCCGCCUGGGGAACCAGAUGGGGGAGUACGCCACCCUGUACGCCCUGGCCAAGAUGAACGGGCGCGCCGCCUUCAUCCCGCCCCAGAUGCACAGCACGCUGGCCCCCAUCUUCCGAAUCACCCUCCCGGUCCUGCACGACGCCACGGCCAGGAGCAUCCCCUGGCGGAACUACCACCUGAACGACUGGAUGGAGGAGCAGUACCGCCACAUCCCCGGGGAGUACGUGCGCCUCACCGGCUACCCCUGCUCCUGGACCUUCUACCACCACCUCCGCGCCGAGAUCCUCCAGGAGUUCACCCUGCACGCCCACGUGCGUGAGGAGGCCCAGAACUUCCUGCGGGGUCUGCGGGUGAACGGCAGCCGGCCGAGCACCUACGUGGGGGUCCACGUGCGCCGAGGGGACUACGUCCACGUUAUGCCCAACGUGUGGAAGGGCGUGGUGGCCGACCGGCGAUACCUAGAGCAGGCCCUGGACUGGUUCCGCGCUCGCUACAGCGCGCCCAUCUUUGUGGUCUCCAGCAAUGGCAUGGCCUGGUGUCGGGAAAACAUCAACGCCUCCCGCGGCGACGUGGUCUUUGCCGGCAAUGGCAACGAGGGCUCGCCCGCCAAGGACUUUGCGCUCCUCACGCAAUGUAACCACACCGUCAUGACCAUUGGGACGUUCGGGAUCUGGGCCGCCUAUCUCGCGGGUGGAGAGACCAUCUACCUAGCCAAUUACACCCUCCCAGACUCUCCCUUCCUCAAAGUCUUUAAGCCAGAGGCAGCCUUCCUGCCAGAGUGGAUUGGGAUCCCUGCCGACCUGUCCCCACUCCUCAAGCACUGAUGUUGGCUGGUUCUCGGCACCCCAUUCUCCUUUUCGGACUUCCCCAAGAUCAGUUCCGGGGUAUGAGGAGCACAUUGUUACAUGUUCCAGGGGGCUUCCCUCUUGUACCAUAAUGCUUCAGGGUGGGAGCAACAGAAGGCCCAACUAAUUUUUUAAAAUAACAUAUUCAUGAGUCUCACACAUCAUGACCAAUGACGGCAGGUUUCCAGGGUUAAUUCAGCAACUCAACAAGUCAUCAGCAACCCCAGUACCAUCCAUCUUGUUGAGCUGCCAUAAUCUCUUAAAUCAGCUUCCAUAUGCUCAUUUUGGUCCCAAGAGGGCUGCCACAUACCCAGGUGUUGCACAGAUAUCCUCUUUCCAAGGCAGUAAAAAGAAGUUUGUUCUUAUCUUAUGUCCCCUUUGAAGAGUGUGGGAAAACUUCCAAAUCUCCCUGCAACUGGUCCCAUGUCUCAUUGGCCAGAAGGGUGUCACAUGCCCUCUGACCCCUUAUAAGGCAUGGUGAAUUAGACCCUGGGUUGACUUAGCUUCAGAUCAAUAAAUCAUUGCCCCCUGCAGCUGUGGAAUCAAUGGGCCUCCUCUGAAGGACAUUGUGGCUUGCAGUAAGAAAAUUGGGGUGCUCUUACCAAGGAAAAAGGAAGGAAUGUCUGCAGGGUGCGAAACAGGUGCCUUGAAUAAUUGUGCAGGUUGGCCAUUGCACAAAGGCAUUUGGCCAAGGAGGCAGGUGGGGCUUGCAUAGGGCCCAUGGUCUGCUCGCCAAGCCAUGUGUCCCUGGGCCUGUGUCCACCCAGCAGGCUCACUUUUUUCUAGAAAUUAGUCUCCUCAGAGUGGGGACCUUUCAUCCAAUUUUCACAAGAGAGCUGUAUUGGCUAGUAGUUGGAAUCCAAGCCCACAUGCCCCACAUCUGCAACCCUGGCUUCUAGCGCUUACCAUGGCUAUUGCUAAGAACUCCUAGACCAGUGUGGCUCAAUGAACUUUAUGAGAGUCCAUUCAUCCUUUUAGUAAAUGCCUGUCAUGAUGAACCCAACAGGAUCCCUGCUCUCAAGGGCUGUGUUGACAAAACAUGAUGGCUUAAAGUGACAGCAGUUAAUUCUUUCCCACUGGUCAGUGGGUCAGCUGGGUGAGUCUCUGCUGCAUGCAAUGCUGCCUGAGGUCUCUUAAGAAGCUGCAUUUCUGUGGUGCUCAUUCAGAGUAUC